CGCGCUACCCGAAGGCCCGUCUCGAGGGCUAAUGGCGGACGUGGGCGGCUUGGCUCUGGCGGCGGCUUAGGCCUUGGAGGAAUUCAGCAUCCAUCGGAGACCGACGCCAUCCUUCUUGCACCAGGGUAGAGAAGUGGCCUCGCGGCCUCUCUGUCGCGACAGGAGUGGAGAGCGGCCGCGCGCGUGCGCUCGAGAGAGAGCGAGCUUAGCUUCUCGGCCCUUGGGCGGGAGUCGCGGAGGCAGUUUUAGGCCGGAGAGAGAUUCGCCGGCUCUGACUUGAUACUGUUGGUGUAGACAAAAGUCCAAAGUGCUGUUUCAGUCUUGCUUGUCGUCAUGUUUCUGUAUAACUUGACCCUACAGCGGGCCACUGGCAUCAGCUUUGCCAUCCAUGGCAACUUCUCCGGAACCAAACAACAGGAAAUUGUUGUUUCUCGUGGGAAGAUCUUGGAAUUACUUCGCCCAGACCCUAACACUGGCAAAGUACAUACCCUCCUCACUGUGGAAGUAUUUGGUGUUAUCCGGUCACUUAUGGCCUUUAGGCUAACAGGUGGAACCAAAGACUACAUUGUAGUUGGUAGUGACUCGGGCCGAAUUGUUAUCUUGGAAUACCAGCCAUCUAAGAAUAUGUUUGAGAAAAUUCACCAAGAAACUUUUGGCAAAAGUGGAUGUCGCCGUAUUGUUCCUGGCCAGUUCUUAGCUGUGGAUCCCAAAGGAAGAGCUGUUAUGAUCAGUGCAAUUGAGAAGCAAAAAUUGGUAUAUAUCUUGAACAGAGAUGCUGCAGCCCGACUUACCAUUUCAUCUCCCCUGGAGGCCCACAAAGCGAACACUCUAGUAUAUCAUGUGGUUGGAGUAGAUGUGGGAUUUGAAAAUCCUAUGUUUGCUUGUCUGGAAAUGGAUUAUGAGGAAGCAGACAAUGAUCCAACAGGGGAAGCAGCAGCUAACACCCAGCAGACGCUCACUUUCUAUGAAUUAGACCUUGGUUUAAAUCACGUGGUUCGAAAAUACAGUGAACCCCUGGAGGAACAUGGCAACUUCCUUAUUACAGUUCCUGGAGGGUCAGAUGGUCCAAGUGGAGUGCUGAUCUGUUCUGAAAAUUAUAUCACCUAUAAGAACUUUGGUGACCAACCAGAUAUCCGAUGUCCAAUUCCUAGGAGACGGAAUGACCUGGAUGACCCUGAAAGAGGAAUGAUUUUUGUUUGUUCUGCCACCCAUAAGACCAAAUCCAUGUUCUUCUUUUUGGCCCAAACGGAGCAGGGAGAUAUCUUUAAGAUCACUUUGGAGACAGAUGAAGAUAUGGUAACUGAGAUCCGCCUGAAGUAUUUUGAUACUGUACCUGUUGCUGCGGCUAUGUGUGUGCUUAAAACAGGCUUCCUUUUUGUGGCAUCGGAAUUUGGAAAUCAUUACUUAUAUCAAAUUGCCCAUCUUGGAGAUGACGACGAAGAACCUGAAUUUUCAUCUGCCAUGCCACUAGAAGAAGGAGAUACAUUCUUCUUUCAGCCAAGACCACUGAAAAACCUGGUGCUGGUUGAUGAACUGGACAGCCUCUCUCCCAUUCUUUUUUGCCAGAUAGCUGAUCUGGCCAAUGAAGACACUCCACAGCUGUAUGUAGCCUGUGGUAGGGGUCCCCGGUCAUCUCUGAGAGUCUUAAGGCAUGGACUUGAGGUAUCGGAAAUGGCUGUUUCUGAGCUCCCUGGUAACCCCAAUGCUGUCUGGACAGUACGUCGGCAUAUUGAAGAUGAAUUUGAUGCCUACAUCAUUGUGUCUUUCGUGAAUGCCACGCUUGUGCUGUCUAUCGGAGAGACUGUGGAAGAAGUGACUGACUCUGGGUUCUUGGGCACCACUCCAACCUUGUCCUGCUCCUUAUUAGGAGAUGAUGCACUGGUUCAGGUGUAUCCAGAUGGCAUUCGACACAUACGAGCAGAUAAGAGAGUCAAUGAGUGGAAGACUCCUGGCAAGAAAACAAUUGUGAAGUGCGCAGUGAACCAGCGACAAGUGGUGAUCGCCCUGACUGGAGGAGAACUUGUCUAUUUCGAGAUGGAUCCUUCAGGACAGUUGAAUGAGUACACAGAGCGGAAAGAGAUGUCAGCAGACGUGGUGUGCAUGAGUCUGGCCAACGUGCCCCCAGGAGAACAGCGAUCUCGAUUCCUGGCUGUGGGGCUGGUGGACAACACUGUCAGAAUCAUCUCCCUUGACCCAUCAGACUGUUUACAGCCUCUGAGUAUGCAGGCUCUCCCAGCCCAGCCUGAGUCUCUGUGUAUUGUGGAAAUGGGUGGGACUGAGAAACAAGAUGAGCUGGGUGAGAGGGGCUCUAUUGGCUUCCUGUACUUGAACAUUGGACUACAGAAUGGUGUGCUACUGAGAACUGUCCUAGACCCUGUCACUGGUGACCUGUCUGACACUCGAACUAGAUAUCUGGGGUCCCGUCCUGUGAAACUCUUCCGAGUCCGGAUGCAAGGCCAGGAGGCUGUUUUGGCCAUGUCCAGUCGCUCGUGGUUGAGCUACUCUUACCAGUCCCGUUUCCAUCUCACCCCUCUGUCUUAUGAAACCCUGGAGUUUGCGUCAGGCUUCGCCUCUGAGCAGUGUCCUGAAGGCAUUGUUGCCAUCUCCACCAACACCUUGAGGAUUCUGGCAUUGGAGAAGCUGGGUGCUGUCUUCAAUCAAGUAGCCUUUCCACUGCAGUACACACCCAGGAAAUUUGUCAUCCACCCUGAGAGUAACAACCUCAUCAUCAUCGAGACAGACCACAAUGCCUACACUGAGGCUACAAAGGCUCAGAGAAAGCAGCAGAUGGCAGAGGAAAUGGUAGAGGCAGCAGGAGAGGAUGAGCGGGAACUGGCUGCCGAAAUGGCAGCAGCAUUCCUCAAUGAAAACCUCCCUGAAUCUAUUUUUGGAGCUCCCAAGGCUGGCAACGGGCAGUGGGCCUCUGUGAUUAGGGUGAUGAACCCUAUCCAGGGGAAUACACUAGACCUUGUCCAGCUGGAACAGAAUGAGGCAGCCUUCAGUGUGGCAGUGUGUAGGUUCUCCAACACUGGUGAAGACUGGUAUGUGCUGGUGGGUGUGGCCAAGGAUUUAAUAUUGAGCCCUCGCUCUGUGGCAGGAGGCUUUGUAUAUACCUACAAACUUGUGAACAAUGGGGAAAAGUUGGAGUUUUUACACAAGACUCCAGUGGAAGAGGUCCCUGCUGCUAUUGCCCCAUUCCAGGGGAGGGUAUUGAUUGGUGUGGGGAAGCUUUUACGAGUCUAUGAUCUGGGGAAAAAGAAGUUACUUCGAAAGUGUGAGAAUAAGCAUAUUGCCAAUUACAUAUCUGGGAUCCAGACUAUUGGGCACAGAGUAAUUGUGUCUGAUGUCCAAGAAAGUUUCAUCUGGGUUCGUUACAAGCGUAAUGAGAACCAGCUCAUUAUCUUUGCUGAUGACACCUACCCCAGAUGGGUCACUACUGCCAGCCUUCUCGACUAUGAUACUGUGGCUGGAGCAGACAAGUUUGGCAACAUUUGUGUGGUGAGGCUUCCACCUAAUACCAACGAUGAGGUCGAUGAAGAUCCCACUGGAAACAAAGCCCUGUGGGACCGCGGCUUGCUCAAUGGGGCCUCACAGAAGGCAGAGGUCAUCAUGAACUACCAUGUGGGUGAGACGGUGCUGUCAUUGCAGAAGACCACACUGAUCCCUGGAGGCUCAGAAUCACUUGUCUAUACCACUUUAUCUGGAGGAAUUGGCAUCCUGGUCCCUUUCACAUCUCAUGAGGACCAUGACUUCUUCCAGCAUGUUGAGAUGCACCUGCGAUCUGAGCAUCCCCCUCUUUGUGGACGGGACCACCUCAGCUUUCGUUCUUAUUAUUUCCCUGUUAAGAAUGUGAUUGAUGGAGACCUUUGUGAGCAGUUCAACUCCAUGGAGCCCAACAAGCAGAAGAAUGUGUCUGAAGAGCUGGACCGAACCCCACCUGAAGUGUCCAAGAAGCUUGAGGAUAUUCGGACACGUUAUGCUUUCUGAGCCCAUCUUUAUGGGGACGUGCCAGACAGUCCCUCUUUUGUUCCCGUCACUUUGUCUGGCUUCUGCCGCAUGGCAGGAGGAAGUUGGUGUGGUAAUUAAGACUGCAAUGUUAAAGCCGAUAGCUCUGCACCCUCAACUCUUCCUUUGGAACGGCUGGUUCUCCCUACAAUCGGCACUGAGGUCUGCUCCUCGAACAUAAUGUGUGGCCACCCUGUGCUUCAAUGUGGAACACAGUAUUCCUUAUUCCCAAAGCCAUCCCUACAUUCUGGCUCUUGUCACUUUUGUACACACUCUUUAAUUUGCAUUGUUUUCCUGUAAAUACAGUUUUAUACAAUGUUGCUUUGUGAGGUGGAGGGAGGCAAGCGAAGGUGCAGCCAUGCUGGUUGAGCGUGGCUCAGUUCUGCCUCUGAACCCUCCUGGAUAUAUAAAACUAGUUUUCAAGGUGGCCAGCAUCGGUGUGUCUUUUUCUGGGGGUGAGAAUUCAGGAGAAAAGUUUGAACUCAAGUUGAACAGUAACUAAAUGUUACUUUAGGUACCUAUGUGGACAUCUUGGUUCUGGUGGUUUCUUAAGCCUGUCUUGAUUCUUUGUUGAAGAGAUAAAACAUGAACUCAUCAACCAUGUGAACAUAACCCCGCUUCCUCUUGGAUAUUGAAAAUGGAUGCUGUCCCUUCCCCUCAGAUCUUCGCUACUCUGGGCUCUUAAAAUAUUAAAUUUGGCAUACAUGAUUCCCAGAUGAGGAGUCUGGUUUCACAGUGCUUGUUGCUUAAGUGGCUCCUGAGAUUUUGAGUCUGGUGAAUAGGAGUCACUCAGCACAGAUGUACCCACAUACUAACCUACCCCUGGGGAUAGUCAUGUGAGCUCUGCAUAGAGACACAUGGACGACCUGGACGAGAAUGUCUGCAGCACACAUCUUGGCCGGGUUGCAGAUUUGCCUUGAGUGGGUAUGUAAGGAAGGACUGCCAUCCUUUUGGCCAGAAGUGGCCUAAUUUCAGAACUGUUUAAGCCAUAAUUAGAAGUUCCUAUUCCUGGCCAGCUGUAUGGGAAGCCCUAAUCUUUAAGGCAGCUCUAAAGCACAUUGAACCUGGGGAUACCCAAACUCUGCUGGUCUUGGUGCAUAAUAAAAUAAAAGUUGAAUUACUCUGCUCA